AUGGCAUCCACUAAGCCUGUUGCAAGGCUGGUCGCCUACCGCCGGCCAUCGCCUUACCUUUUGACUUCUUCCCUUCGGCCAGUGGGCUCGACCGCAAACUUCUCGUCCUCGGUGUCCCGGGCAGCUACGCCUUACGGUCCCCCUCAACCUGGCUUCCGAUUGCCCACCCCUAAGCGAUGGGAUCAAAGUGCUGAGACAUCGGUGGAUAAGGCCAGUAAAUACUUUUUGCUGGCGGAGAUGUUCCGGGGUAUGUACGUGGUGUUGGAACAGUUCUUCAGACCACCAUACACAAUCUACUAUCCCUUCGAAAAGGGUCCCAUUUCCCCUCGUUUCCGUGGUGAACACGCCCUCCGUCGGUACCCCACCGGUGAAGAGCGUUGCAUCGCCUGCAAGCUCUGCGAAGCCAUCUGCCCUGCCCAGGCCAUUACCAUUGAAGCCGAGGAGCGUGAGGAUGGAAGUCGCCGGACGACAAGAUAUGAUAUCGACAUGACCAAGUGUAUCUACUGCGGCUACUGCCAGGAGAGUUGCCCGGUUGACGCGAUUGUCGAGACCUCCAACGCUGAAUACGCCACCGAGACCCGCGAAGAACUGCUGUACAACAAGGAGAAGCUGCUGGCUAACGGUGACAAGUGGGAGCCCGAAAUUGCCGCUGCUGCCAGAGCUGAUGCUCCCUAUCGGUAA